AUGUCUCUCAAAGAUUACUUCAAUGAUCCAAGUCAUCUUCCUCAAUAUCAUAUACUCAACUCCAAUAUUGUGGAUUUAGGAAAUCAAGAAACAACAAUAGAGAUAACUGGUUAUCAGCAGCCUAAAAGACUAAAGACGACUAUGGACUUCUGCUGUAACUAUUGUCACAGGAAAUAUCAUAGCGCACAAGCACUAGGAGGACAUCAAAAUGCUCAUAAACGAGAACGUACAGCUACACUAGCUGCGCUCUCAGAUUUUAGUCGUGGAAAGAACCUACAGCGCUUCUCAUCAUCAACUAUGAGCUCAAUAUCAUCUUCCUCGUCGUCACCUCUUCUUACUCAUGGUGGUGGUUUUAUCAAGAAUUCAUCAUUGGGUAUUCAAGCUCGAUCCAUGGUCCGAAAACCAGAUGCGCCUUAUUCUUUAUCAUCAUGGGCUUCUCGAUGCUCUUCUCUUCUCUAUGCGAAUGACCACUCACAGAACUAUAGAUCUGAUUCUAGUCUAGCAGCUACUCGGCCAACAGGUGUUAGUGAAUGCUCGGUUGUAAGUUCAAAUACGGAGCUGCCGGAUGAGGGAGUAUUAAAACUUGAUUUAUCUCUUAAGCUUUGA